AUGAAUUAAUAGAAGAAUAAUGGAGAUUAAUUGAAGUUUAUUAAAAUAGCAUCAAAAAAAUAACGUGAAUGGUGUUAAGCUAUUGCUAUAAAUGAUGAUUGCUCUUAGUUUUUUAUAGGAUUUAAAACAGCUAUAAAAGUUUUUGUUUUUAAUGAAGGAAACCUUAAACAAUUAUAAAUUCUAAAUCAUCAUACUAAUUAUAUAACAGAUUUAAAGUUAUGUAAUUGUUAAUUAUUAAAUUCAAAUUAAUGUCUCAUUUCAGCCUCAGAUGAUAAAACAAUAAUACUUUGGUAAUAAUCAGGUUAAAAAUCCUAAAAUUAAUUUUGGAAUUAUUUUUAAAGAUUGUAUGGACAUUAAGAUAAAAUUAAUUGUUUAUCAAUUUUAGAAACUAAAUAUUAAAUUGUAUCUGGUAGUGCAGAUAAAUCAAUAAAAAUUUGGAGUAUUUCAAAUCCUAAGUAAAAUUUAACUUGUUCUCAAACAAUUCAAAAUCAUUCCUCUGAAAUUUGGGCAUUAUCAAUAAAUUAAUGUCAAGAUACUAUUAUAUCUUCUGGAGAAGAUAGAAUAAUAUUGAUUAUAGAAUAUAAUAAUGAAAUUUGGAUAGUAAAACAAAAAAUUAAUGUUAUGGAAUAUGGAUAUAGGAUUUGCUUUAUUAAUAACAAUUUAUUUUGUUUCUAGCCUAUAUCUAGUAAGUAAUUGCAUAUAUAUCAACUAAAUAGUAAUUAGGUAUAUAUAAAAUCAAAAGAGAUAAAUGUAUAAGGAGGUGAUUAUUAUUGUAAACCUUACUUUCCUUCAAUUUAUAUAAAUUAAAAAUAACUCUUAAUUAAUAAAAAUGGUUGUAAAGUAAAUAUAAUAAGAACCAAUAUUUAAAAUGAUGAAUAACUUGAUUUAGAAUUUAUCUUGGAACAAGUAAUAGAUUUUGGAACAACAGAUGGAUGGGGAUAUCUUUAUGGAUCAAUUAGCAAUAAUGGAUAAUAUUUAGUAACAUGGGAUUAUAAAUCAGAAGAAAUUUAAAUAAUGCAAUUAUAAGUUAUAUAAAUUAGAUAAUAAUAAUAAUGA